GCAGCCCCGCAGGGAGGGAGGCCGCAGCCCGAGGUCUGCUCCAAAGGAAAAGAGGAGAAAAAACAUGGCUGCAAAGGAGAAACUGGAAGCAGUGUUAAAUGUGGCCCUAAGGGUGCCCAGCAUCAUGCUGUUGGAUGUCUUAUACAGAUGGGAUGUCAGCUCUUUUUUCCAGCAGAUCCAAAGAAGUAGCCUCAGUAACAACCCUCUUUUCCAGUAUAAGUAUUUGGCUCUUAAUAUGCAUUACGUAGGUUAUAUCUUAAGUGUUGUGUUACUAACCUUGCCCAGGCAGCAUCUGGUUCAGCUUUAUCUAUAUUUUUUGACUGCCCUUCUCCUCUAUGCUGGACAUCAAAUCUCCAGGGACUAUGUUAGGAGUGAACUGGAAUCUGCCUAUGAAGGACCAAUGUAUUUAGAACCUCUCUCUAUGAAUCGGUUUACCACAGCCUUAAUAGGUCAGUUGGUGGUGUGUACUUUAUGCUCCUGUGUCAUGAAAACAAAGCAGAUUUGGCUAUUUUCUGCUCAUAUGCUUCCUCUGCUAGCACGACUCUGCCUCGUUCCUCUGGAGACUAUAGUUAUCAUCAACAAAUUUGCUAUGAUUUUUACUGGAUUGGAAGUUCUCUAUUUUCUUGGGUCUAAUCUUUUAGUACCUUAUAAUCUUGCUAAGUCUGCAUACAGAGAAUUGGUUCAGGUGGUGGAGGUUUAUGGCCUUCUAGCCUUGGGAAUGUCCCUGUGGAAUCAACUGGUAGUUCCUGUUCUUUUCAUGGUUUUUUGGCUCGUCUUAUUUGCUCUUCAGAUUUAUUCCUAUUUCAGUACUCGAGAUCAGCCUGCAUCACGUGAGAGGCUUCUUUUCCUUUUUUUGACAAGUAUUGCUGAAUGCUGCAGCACUCCUUAUUCUCUUUUGGGUCUGGUCUUCACGGUUUCUUUUGUUGCCUUGGGUGUUCUGACACUCUGCAAGUUUUACUUGCAGGGUUAUCGAGCUUUCAUGAAUGAUCCUGCCAUGAAUCGGGGUAUGACAGAAGGAGUGACACUCUUGAUCUUGGCAGUGCAGACUGGGCUGAUAGAGCUACAGGUGGUUCACCGGUAUUAUCCUCUUCAUUGUUGUAGCUUCUAUCCUGCAGUCUAUGUUAGAGAUCGCAGAUCCUAUUGUUUUGGCACUGGGAGCAUCUAGAGACAAGAGUUUAUGGAAACACUUUCGUGCUGUGAGCCUUUGUUUAUUUUUACUGGUGUUCCCUGCAUACAUGGCUUAUAUGAUUUGCCAGUUUUUCCACAUGGAUUUCUGGUUGCUUAUCAUUAUUUCCAGCAGCAUUCUCACCUCUCUUCAGGUUCUGGGAACACUUUUUAUUUAUGUCUUAUUUAUGGUGGAGGAAUUCAGGAAAGAGCCAGUGGAAAACAUGGAUGACGUCAUCUAUUAUGUGAAUGGCACUUAUCGCCUGCUGGAGUUUCUCGUGGCACUCUGCGUGGUGGCCUAUGGCGUCUCAGAGACCAUCUUCGGAGAAUGGACAGUGAUGGGGUCAAUGAUCAUCUUCAUCCAUUCCUACUAUAAUGUAUGGCUUCGAGCCCAACUGGGGUGGAAGAGCUUUCUUCUCCGCAGGGAUGCUGUGAAUAAGAUUAAAUCAUUACCCAUUGCUACUAAAGAGCAGCUUGAGAAACACAAUGAUAUUUGCGCCAUCUGUUAUCAGGACAUGAAAUCUGCUGUGAUCACACCUUGCAGUCAUUUCUUCCAUGCAGGCUGUCUUAAGAAAUGGCUGUAUGUCCAGGAGACUUGCCCUCUGUGCCACUGCCACCUCAAAAACUCCUCCCAGCUUCCAGGAUUAGGAACUGAGCCGGCUCCACAGCCUCAUGCUGGAGCCGAGCAAAAUGUGCUUCAGGAAGGCCCUGAACUCCCAGACCAAGAGCAUCCUCCAGGGACCAGACUACAGGAAGGGUCUAGGGACGAUAAUGAGCACAUUGCCAGAUCAGGCAGCCAAGAAGGAGCUGUCGAACCCCAAGAAUGUCCUCACAGUGCGAAAGAUGAAGCAUGUCCUGUUGGGUCAGCCUAGAGGAAGAGAAGCAGGCAUGACACUGUGAUGCUCUGGAGAAGCUAACCCAAGGUGGAAUUCAGCCCAGCUGUGAAGAGUGAAUGUAUGAGAUGAGUAGGUGGGAAAAUGACAUUCCAAGGCUCUGGUCCAAGAAGACUCUCAGUGAAGACCACUGGCUUUCUUCCCCUCGAGAUUCUGGGAGAAAAUUUUGCAAUGUAUGCUAAUCAAAAUGUAUUUAUAUAUUCUCUGCCGAUGUGUUGUAGAGGUUUGCCAAGAAAAUUCAGCCUCCACAGCAUGAGAAACUGCCCCUGAUUUGUGAGGGAUCAAUAAAAGCAGAUUGGAGUGUUUGAAAGGGGCUUAAGCAAACGAGGACAGAGAGCUUGAGAACGGCCCAGGAAGAAGCAGGCCGCAAUGGAACCGACUUUGCUUUCUGUGGGACAAGACAUUCUUGUUACAGAGUACGAGUAGUGACCAGCCCUUUCCUCCACCCCCUUCCCCUCAGUUAAUUGGAACUCAGUCAGGUUAUUAUUGAGUUUUGUACAGCACUGCAAUGAAAUCAAAGAUGUAGAAGCAUUGAUUGUAUUCAGAGAUUGAAGCACGCUCAUUCUUUGUACGUGCUUUAGGGGAGGGGGCGGGUGGGCACUUGGGCCUUGCGGGUACAUUAAUGUAAUCUGAGACUCUUGAACUUUAUGAUGGAGUCUUCAAUAUUUUGAUGUAUAUGAAACUUUUGUUAAUAUAUUGUAUACUUUGCUGGCUGUGUGAAGUAAACUAAAACUCUGAUGAACACUUUGGAGUCUGCUUUAGAAGACCCAAGUGGGAAGGGGUUUAGGGCACUGAUAAAGGCCCUGGGUAUACUUUUCAAUCCUGUGUAAUGUUUAAUUCUUGCAACUGAAUCAAAACAGUGUUAAAUUAUGGCAAUAUUUGCACUUUGGGAAUGAGUACAUAAUUGUAUGAUCACACUCUGCAAAUGCCACUUUUAAAGCUGUUAAUAGACUUUGCACCUUUUCUUUGACAAGGAUGUGUCAUAUUUAAAUUUUUACAUUCAUCAUGGCUACAGGUAGAACCGGGGAGGGGGGAAUGUAAUUUUUUAUGGGAAUUUUGAUAUGAAAAGAAACUAGUCAUUUAUUUAUACAAUAGGCUUGGCUCAAAAAGUGUUUUUCAGACUUGGUAUUCCUAAUGUGGGAUGUGACUUCAUUUUAUUUUUAGUAGUAAAUUUGGAUGUAGACUGACAGACAUAGCUGAAUGUCUUAAUAAAUUUAAAUUUGAAGAUAA